AUGUAUAACAGUAACUUCGACAUCUGGAUAGCCGGAGCCUUCGCUGCAGUGACCGUGGACUUGGUCGUCUACCCGGUGGAUACCCUCAAGACCCGAAUCCAAGCGCCCGACUACGACCGGCUAUACAAGGAUGCGCGGACGGGGGCAGUGCGCCGGAACGUCCUCUUUCGAGGCCUAUACCAGGGGGAUGUGGAGGAGGGGCGGGAAACAGCAGGAACCUUCUUCACGACGUACGAAGCAGUCAAAUACACGCUCACCAACUCCUCGACGCACACGCACCACCCAGACCACAACCGGCUGCCCUUCACGCACUCGCUCCCGCCGCCCGUCAUCCACGCAAUCUCGUCCUCGACCGCCGAAAUGAUCGCGUGCCUGAUGCUCACGCCCGCGGAGGUGCUCAAGCAGAACGCGCAGGUCGUGGACCUGCACCCGGGCGAGGGCCCACAGCGGCAGCAGGCGCGCCACGCGAUGGUGCAGGUGCUCUCGCGGUUCCGGCGGCGGCCGUGGAAGCUGUGGAGCGGGUACACGGCGCUGGUGGGGCGGAACCUGCCGUUUACGGGGCUGCAAUUUCCGAUCUUCGAGUUUGUGCGGUCGCGCGUGGUGGCGGCGAGGCAGCGGCGGAAGGAUGCCCGGGGCGAGGACGUGGAGCGGUGGAAUCCCGUGCUGGAGAGGGCGGUGCUGACGGGGAUGUCUGCGUCGGUGUCUGGGACCAUUGCAGCGGUGGUCACGACGCCGAUUGAUGUGAUCAAGACGCGGGUGAUGCUGUCUGCGAGUCUGAACGGGGAGAAUGGGAAUGCGGGCGGUGGUGACGCUCAGAAGAAGGCGAGUCGUGGGACGCUUGCGGUGGGCACGGAGAUCUUUCGUAAUGAAGGCAUUAGGGGACUGUUCAAGGGCGGUGCCAUCCGAGCCGGCUGGACGGCCAUCUCGCUGAGCAUGUACCUGAGCAUGUAUGAGGGAGGCCGCUUCUACCUGGAGAACAGACGGCGAGAAAAACACGGAUUGAGUCCGCGGGAGGAAGUUGGGAGAUCGGGAGAUGAAGCUGCUAUCUGA